AUGCCCAAAAAGCAGAAGAGAUCCUUUGUCUUCAAACUCGCUGAUACUCCACAUCACACGCUCACUUCUGGACCGGCCCAAAAUGAUCAAACUCGAAGACCUGCAGGUUCCGCCACUUCAGAGGCGCCUUCUGUCAAUGAUCUGAUCAGCCAUCUCCGUCGCACACAAGCGACCAGUUCCCCGGAGCACAACCCUUCGAGCUCUCCACGAUCUUUCACAUCUCAGCGCUCCGUUCACCCAUCUCUCCGCAACCUCCUCGAAGUUCCAGAAACCCCGCCACCCCGACCUCGCCCUGGUUCUCGUCGCACGGCAAUCGGCGGGCGCCCGGUGCGUUUGACCCCAGGGCCCCCACCACCGGACAGCUGGCUCUCACAUAACCGUGAAGGGUCCUUCGAAGAAGCCGCGCUGGCGACUACUGGUUAUGACAGAGUCACUUUAUAUCGUCUCGACAGACUCCCUGGGGCGAAGUUCCCGGACAAGUCCAGCCUCGUCCAUGCAGUCCUAAAGUCCAUGGCCCUGAACUUGGCCUGGCAUCUGGAUUACGAUGGAGCAUUCCUGGCUCAGAUUCCCUCGCACUUGAAGCAGCUUUUGCUGAGCUAUAUCGCGGUUUACCCGGUUUACGCGGGGAGUCAGUCCCUGAAAGGGCGCAUGAGGGGACUAAAGCCGUUGUUUCUCACCGAGGCUGACACUGUGGCGACUGGUGGGGACGAAGCAGAGGCCGAUCUCAAUGUCGCCACCGAUAUCGAUGCAGGUAUCUCCCGCUUAGAUUUGGGCUGGGCCUUAGGCUACUGGAUAACGUUCAAACAACUUUCCGGCGAGUUAUUCGUCUCCGCCAAGUCCGCACCUGCUACCUCCCAGGCCGAGCCCGAGGAGAGCGUUCCUGGGUCUUGGGACGAGGAGUCCAAUAACGGAUAUGAAGAAGAUUCCACUCCGUCUGCCGCUACGAUCGGUGCCAUUCCUAAGUCUAUCAGCCACAGUCUUCGAUUCAAUAACCUCCGCUACCUCUCCCUCGCGCAUCCGGCCCCUGCUGCUGCAAGCUGGAACUCUCUCCUCCACCUGCUUUCACGUCUUUCAAUUAUUACUCAUCUGUCCCUGGCCCACUGGCCCCCUCCCACUCGCACUCCUCGUUCCGCUCCCGCACGCAUGCGCCCACCGAACCACCGUGGUCCCACAUUGGUCCAUGGCGGUACAGACGUGUACUCUGGAAUGGAGAACAACUGGGCAGAAGCAGCAGGGAUCCUUCGACAGCUUUCUCGUUAUACCUACUGCCUGAAAUGGCUGGAUCUCGAAGGCUGCUCUGAAUGGCUUGCCGCGUUGACCUGGACAGGCAAUGACCCAGAUGGCAGGCCCUCCCACCCCGGCACCUCUGGUCCGGAGUGGAAUGGGUCGUGGAGAGAUAUUGAAUGGAUUGGACUAGGUCCCGGUUUCGAGUACCCCUCGGACAAGGAUCUUCUUCGUCCAAUCGAAAGACCCAUCUCGGCAAUCCAGAGCAUGCCCCCUGCGACACAGUUCCCGUCUUCGUCGUUGGCUGCUUCGAUGCAUGCGCCGGUUGAUGCUUCCCAGAAUUUCCCGACCCAAAAUCAAUCAGCUCACAAUGACCCUCCUCGGUCUCCUCCUCCAUCCGAUCUCCCCUGGAAUGUGGAGGAGGAGCGCUGGUUGUAUCGUCGCGACAGGGAACGUCAGGCUUGGUGUGAUGCAAUCAGCAAGGCCCGUGAGGUGCGCAUUGAAAUCCAAGCUAUCAGGAGGCAGGUUCGUGGAAAAUGGAUCCAUGCGUUUACUGGAGGAGAAGAAGGCUCCCACGACGGCCGUCAGAAACAUAAGGUUUCUUGA